AUGACGAGCCCCUUGUACCACUGCCGUGUUCAGUUAGUCGUUGGCCAGGGACCUCCCCAAGAGGAGAGUGACCUUGACUAUCACUGGCAAUUACAUGGAACUAGCAAAAUGAAUAAAAAUAAACUGUUUCAUGAUUUCCUGGAAGCAGUUUCAAGAGGUGAUGUGGAACUCAUUUGUGACCAUAUACUAUUACAUCCAAAGACUGGGAAUACACCUCUCAUUACUGCAGCAGAAGAAAAUCUCAUAGAGGUUGUUGGAUUUCUUCUGGAAAAUGGAGUAGAUAUCACCCUUUGCAAUUACAGAAAUCAAACCGCGGUCCAUGUGGCUAAUUCUGAUGUCCAAAGGCAACUCUUGGCCAUCAAUGGAAUCCAGGCUCCCCAAAUGCAACUUCUACAAAGUUCAUGGCAAGAUGACCUUGAACAACUUUCAACACUUGCUGAGAUCCUAAACUGUGAUUUUAGUGGAAAAUCAGCAAUACAUUAUGUGUCACUAAUAGGAAGUUUCAGUAAACAGCAGUUAUUGGACAGUCUAAUGAAUUCUAUGCCAAAACCAGAAAGACAUGCUGAAUUAUUGCUUGACGUUUGUCAUGAUACGAACUCUUCUCCAACUGAUAUGAUGACAGUUACUAAAAACCAAAAUAUAAUCUUGCAAAGCAUCAGCAGCAGGGAGGAGUUUGACAAAGAUGAUGUCUGCACUCAUUCCAUAUUGAUUAGCGAAAAAGGAGAUCCAAGUGGUGAUGGACAAGACUGGCAACCCAGGACAGAAGUGUUUUCCUCUUCUAAUAUGAAGUAUAGUAGCCAGAGAAUUGAGGCUCACCAUCACAGACAACACCUGGAGACAGAGGAGAGUAGGAAAUCCAAGGAAACAGAGAGAUGUGUCAACAUUGAAACCUCUCACUUUGAAAAAGGACAGUCUUUGGUGUCCUUUGAGAAUUUCAAGGAAGGUAAUUUUCCUACAGAUAGGGAAGUGGAUAUUGACUGCCAUGGUGCUGAACUGAGAGGAGCAGAAGAGAACACUCAAUCUCUUUCAUCAGGAAAGAAAGAGGAGGGUUCAGUAGCCAGAAACUAUGAACAAGAUUCAGAAGCUGGAUACAUCAAACCAGUCAAGUUCCAAGAAGCCCUGCAUUCAGAAAUAACUCUAAGCCAGGAUGAAGGGACUAGAAAUGAUAAAGCUGAUUCAAAAACUGCUUCAGCACAUAAAGGGGAAGUAAUUGAACCAAAUCAUAUUUCAGAAGAGUAUACUGUUCUUAAAAAGCCAAGACUAAAUUACUUAGAUCUGAAGUACAGAGACAUGUUCAAAGAAAUCAGUUCAACUGCAAAUGGACCUGGAAUCGACGAAACGUUCAGGACUCCUGUUUAUCGUCAGAUGCGAGAGGCUCAACGGCAUGAAAACAAAUAUUUCCGAGAGAUAUGCUCAGCUCCACCGGGCAGAUGUAUCACGAAUAAAUGUCGAUCUUCACACAGUGAGAGGGCCAGCAAGAGCUGA